CACGGUUGCAGUUGACAUAGGGGUGUGUCUCUCGAGGAACAGUGCGUGAAGUUACGCACGGAGUCCUGCAGAACAAACACGGUCCAAACUUUCCUUUAUUUUUGUCUUCAACCCCAUUGACAACAUGUCCAAACCUCUUACCGACCAGGAAAAGCGCAAACAGAUCAGUGUCCGUGGCAUAGCUGAGCUUGGGGAUGUUGCCGAAAUCAAAAAGAGCUUCAACAGGCAUCUUCACUUUACUCUUGUAAAGGACCGUAAUGUGGCUACACCGCGUGACUACUUCUUCGCGCUAGCUCACACGGUGCGGGACCACCUGGUGGGCCGUUGGAUCCGUACUCAGCAGUAUUAUUAUGAAAAAGACCCAAAGCGCGUCCACUAUCUGUCUCUGGAGUUCUAUAUGGGAAGAACUCUACAGAACACUAUGAUUAAUCUCGGGCUGCAGAACGCAUGUGAUGAGGCCAUCUACCAGCUUGGACUGGAUUUGGAAGAACUAGAGGAGAUUGAAGAAGAUGCUGGACUGGGAAACGGAGGUCUUGGGCGCCUAGCAGCUUGUUUUUUGGACUCUCUGGCAUCUCUGGGUUUGGCAGCGUAUGGUUAUGGUAUUCGUUACGAGUUUGGCAUCUUCAAUCAGAAGAUCUUCAAUGGCUGGCAGGUUGAGGAAGCUGAUGAUUGGCUUCGCUAUGGUAACCCAUGGGAGAAGGCCCGUCCAGAAUACAUGCUACCUGUGCAUUACUAUGGCCGAGUGGAGGAAACUCCCCAGGGACCAAAGUGGGUUGACACCCAGGUGGUGCUUGCUAUGCCGUACGACACUCCUGUGCCUGGUUAUAAAAAUAACACUGUAAACACUAUGAGACUGUGGUCUGCCAAAGCACCUAAUGAUUUCAACCUGAAAGAAUUUAACGUGGGUGAUUAUAUCCAAGCUGUUCUGGACCGAAACCUUGCAGAAAACAUCUCACGGGUGCUCUAUCCCAAUGACAAUUUUUUUGAAGGCAAAGAGCUUCGAUUAAAGCAAGAGUACUUUGUGGUGGCCGCUACUCUUCAGGAUAUUAUCAGACGCUACAAAUCAUCAAAGUUUGGGUGCAGGGAUCCCGUGCGGUCCUCUUUUGGGACAUUCCCUGACAAGGUGGCGAUCCAGCUAAAUGAUACUCAUCCGGCGCUGGCGAUUCCUGAGCUCAUGAGAAUCCUGGUGGAUAUUGAACAUCUGCACUGGGAAAAGGCAUGGGAGAUUACCAAAAAGACAUGUGCGUACACAAACCACACAGUGUUACCUGAGGCUCUUGAGCGCUGGCCUGUUUAUAUGUUUGAGAAGCUUCUACCACGUCACCUGCAGAUCAUCUAUGAGAUCAACCGACAACAUUUGGAUAGAAUUUCUGCGCUGUAUCCAGGCGAUGUUGAUCGUUUGCGCAGGAUGUCUCUGAUCGAGGAAGGCGACCCAAAGAGGAUCAACAUGGCUCAUCUGUGCGUGGUGGGUUCACACGCCGUCAACGGUGUCGCACGGAUUCACUCCGAGAUCGUCAAAACCACUGUGUUUAAGGACUUCUGUGACAUCGAGCCAGAGAAGUUUCAGAACAAGACGAACGGCAUCACACCUCGCCGCUGGCUGGUGCUCUGUAACCCCGGCCUCGCUGACAUCAUCGCUGAGAAAAUUGGCGAGGAGUUUUUGACAGAUCUGUUCCAACUGAAAAAGCUGUUGGACUUCAUCAAUGAUGAAGUGUUCAUUCGGGAUGUGGCCAAAGUUAAACAGGAGAAUAAGCAGAAAUUUGCAGCAUACCUAGAGAAGGAGUACAAAGUGAAGAUAAAUCCAGAGUCCAUAUUUGAUGUCCAUGUCAAGAGAAUUCAUGAGUACAAGAGACAACUGCUCAACUGCCUUCAUGUCAUCACUUUAUAUAACAGAAUCAGGAAGGAACCAAACAAGAAGUUUGUUCCCAGGACAGUAAUGAUUGGUGGAAAGGCAGCACCAGGUUAUCACAUGGCAAAGAUGAUCAUCAAACUGAUCACAUCAGUAGGAGAGGUUGUGAAUAAUGAUCCUGUCGUGGGAGACAAACUUAAAGUGAUUUACCUGGAAAACUACAGGGUCUCACUGGCUGAGAAAGUCAUCCCUGCUGCUGACCUCUCCGAGCAGAUCUCCACGGCAGGUACAGAAGCUUCCGGUACAGGAAACAUGAAGUUCAUGCUGAAUGGUGCUUUGACCAUCGGCACCAUGGACGGAGCUAACGUGGAGAUGGCAGAAGAGGCAGGAGAGGAAAACCUCUUUAUCUUUGGCAUGAGGGUGGAGGAUGUGGAGGCCAUGGACAAAAAAGGAUAUAACGCCAGAGAAUAUUAUGAGCGCCUGCCCGAGCUAAAACAGGUGAUGGAUCAAAUUAGGACAGGAUUUUUCAGUCCCAACGAGCCUGAACUCUUCAAAGAUGUUGUGAACAUGCUCAUGGAACAUGAUAGGUUCAAAGUUUUUGCAGAUUAUGAGUCUUACAUGAUUUCUCAGGAGAAAGUUAAUGAACUUUACAAGAAUCCAAAGGAAUGGACCAAAGUGGUCAUCAAGAACAUUGCCGCUUCUGGAAAGUUCUCCAGUGACCGCACCAUUGCGGAGUACGCCCGCGAAAUCUGGGGGGUGGAGCCAUCUGACGUGAAGAUCCCGCCACCUAAUGUACCUCGUGAAUGAGAAAGUCAUGAACCUCAGUGGUUAGAUGAUGUCAUGCCGAAUCUCAGCAAGUGCCUUGACUGGUGUUACCUGCUGAACAGAUUCUGGUUUCUCUCACUAUGCAUAAAUACUGUACAGGUGGAACCUGCUUAAAAUGCAUAAAAAUGUGCUUUUACAUUGUAGGCAUGUUUGCAGUCACUGUUAGGAUACGGUUAUAUUCACGCGCACAUGCUGUAUUUAGUUUUUAUAUAGGUUUGCAUUAAUCCAGCUUUAAUUUGUGGCUAAUUCAGGGACCAUUCGUUUUUUUUAUGGGCCCAUCUCCAGUAAAAUGAGCAGCUGGCUUCUCUUUGUAAUUCCUUUAUUUUUGUGCACUUUACAUGCUAUUUUUCAAAUUAGAAAUACUCACUGCUCACAAUAGAAAUCACGCUUAAGCAUAUUUCAAAACCUGUUAGACAAGAUUAGAGUCGCAGAUCAGUCUUUACUAUGCAUGUCAUUGUGGCAUUAAACCAACCAUUGGGAUUUAAAUAUGUUGUGGCUUGGUGGUUGUGUUCAGAAACAACAGUCUUAAAAAGCGCAAAAGCAAACAGCAUAAAUCUUAUAGCCUUAAAGUAUCUAAGGAGGCCUAUCCUUUUAUUUAAGCUCUUCGAUACAAGUUAAAGGUGCCUGUGUGUUACUGUGCAAAAUGAAAAACAAGAAAAGAAUAUGUACAGAAAUAUGUUAACAUGAUACACGGCAGGUGACUGAUGUAAACUUCCAGGAAUCAACGUGUGUACAAGUUUCUUUGUUAACGUCCACUUUUAUUCUGCUUUGCAUAGCCUCAGGAAACGCUAAGGUGUUUGUGCUUUUGUCUCUGUAAAUGCACGUAUAUUAGAUUUACAGUGGUUUGAACUUUGAUCAUUGCACACCCUGAAUACAGAUCAGAUCAGAUUCCAAACUCUCUUAAAUGUAUGCACAAUAUGGAUUUUGCCUUAAAACCAGACUCGCUCAUUGUACCAAGGCCUUGUCUUCUCGCUAGAUUUUACAUGUAUGGGAUUUACAUUGUUUAUACCAUGUUAACAAACAAUAAAAAUGCUGAAUUAA